AUGAAGCUUCACUUCGUGUCUCUGGCUCUUGCCGCUUGCCUGAGUACCGCGGCUGCUCAGGGCUUGGAUAGCCUCCCUAGUUGCGCCAAAGAUUGCGCUACUGACGCCAUCCCUGACCACUGCGGAACGAUUGAUGUCGGCUGUAUCUGCUCCGACAAGUCUUUUAUCACGAGCAUCUCUUGCUGCGUGUCCAAGAAGUGCUCUGAGGAUGAUCAGAAAACUGUCAUCCAGUUUGCAAACCAGAUCUGCAGUGGCGCCGGUGUGAAGGAUCUCCCCAAGAGUGCUAGCUGUGCAAGUGGAGCUUCCUCUGCCACUGAAUCUUCCUCGGAGACCUCGACCGGUUCCCCUUCAUCCACCGCAACUGGUAAGAGCAGCGACGCCUCGACCACCGGCGCCUCGAAGGCCUCCAGCACCUCUGAUGCAGCAUCUUCCGAGACUGAGAGCAGCACCGGAACCUCAACUUCAACCGCUCAGUCUGCUGCUACCAGCACAGGUGCUGCUGCCGUCGUUCAAGGCAAAGACACCGGUCUGCUCGCUGCGGCCGGUGCUGCUCUCUUUGCCUUUCUGGCAUAG